AAGUCUUCAACUUCGGACGCGGAAGGUUGUAGUGUCCCUAAACUCGCGUAUCCCUGACUGGGCCUGAAGACACUCGUACGCAGGCAGGGAAAUGGAGUGUUGAACAAAUGAACUCGAGGUUGUUUUGACAUGAUUACUGUGGCUGAACUCUCUCAGUGAAUUGGAUUUACUGCUAAGAAUCAUAACCUUAAUAGAUCUCCUUGACUUUUGCGUCUGCAAUAUCGUGAUGCAGGGGAAGGAGAAGCGAACGGAGAAUGCAAACGCGGAAUGGAAUUAAAAGAAGAAUGAGGGCGUGAACGGCGGACAUGCGGCCAUCUGCAACGGGGAAAUGACAGAAAACGAUACAUCAACAUGAUGGGAAAAUGACGUAACAGACAAACUGAAACGAUGAUGAAUACCACUGACGUAUUAAUACCAUGGGCUUUUCGAACUGGAUUUUGACUAGGAAUAAUGGAAAUGGUAAUUCGCCGAAUAACAAACAAUGGAAGCCGUCAAAUGAGAUUAAUGGUGCAAUAGAAAAAUACGAAGGCCGGAAAUUCGUCGUACACUUUCUUUAUCUGGUGUCGUUUUGGUUUUAAUAUGAGCAUUCAAAUGAUUUAUUGGGGAGUAUUUAGUGCAAGUACCACCUAAAAUUGGAGUGUUAAUGAAACAAGUAAAAUAUACGAGGUGAUGAGUUUUUAACUAUAGUCUUCAGUGUUCUGAAAAGAAAACUAUAUAUCUACUGAUCACGAAUGUUAAUUCAGCGGCUCUUAGACUUUUCUAACUGACCUUGGCUGAAUCUGUUGGUACCAUCAGAAAUACCGGACGAAUUACACAAACGAAACCCAUUUAAGUCGAGCUAAUCCCAUUGGCCUCUAAUUGUGUCUUGGGAAGUUUACAGCAAAUCCAUCUUUCACCCGCGAAGUGUCACAAAUCCGGAGGCACUUUAAACAAAUGGCUAGAAUUUGAAUGGCAGCAUUUGAGACUUGGGGUGGAAAAAGUUCAUAGCAAUUCGCAGAACUCGAGACGAACCGUGCAACGGAGAUGUAAGACGUCUGAACUGAAAUUCCAGGCUUCUGAUUAAGUUUCAGAGUUGUUUAAGUGGUCUUCCGAAUUUUACGCCGUUUAUUUUUGUAAGGGAUCCUGAUUUCGUAACGCGCACGCACAUCGCUUCGUUUCAAUGACAGACAGACGACGUGAAAUGAAUAGCGUCUGAAAUUGCGCCACGCCACUGCGGAUACACUCAAUAUAUACGACUCUGUCUCUUCCUCUUAUAAACCUAUAUACGGUAUUUCCAUAUAUCCACAAAAAUACUACUAGUGAAUGAAAGAUAUAUAUAAAUAAGAGUAUUUAGGUUUACGUAUGUUAAAUGUAAUCAAUGAUAGAAUUAAGUUCAUGAUUAAAAUACUUAUCAUUUAACCAAUUAUACAUAAAAUAUAAGUUUCUCGACACAGAUUUCAUUGAUCUCUUGCAAACUGGUGACCCAUCAAAAAAGAUGGUUUUUGUCAAGGUCAAACAAAGAAAUAUAGAGGAUAACAGCGAUUUGCUUUCACGCUUAUAAAGUUGGACAAAGAAAUACGAUCGAUCGAUCGAAUAAGUAAAGGUCACGUAGACGAGAAAACCCAAGUUUGAAAUGUAAAUCUAUAUAUUUUUCUUCAAGAGAACCUAAACUCGCGAAAGUGUAUAAUUUUAACAAAUUAACUUCUACGGUGAAUCACAUGUCAACCUUCCCAAUCAGAGUGAGAAACAAACUCACGAGUGAACACUCCGAAAAUAGAUAAAUACCUUCGAGAGGAAAUCACAACCGAUAGAAAUAGAUGGAUAAAUGGAUAAAGCGAGAAGUGGAAGUUCAUUAGAAAUUCUUAGGAAUCCGGGAGAGAAAAUAUUCGCGAAUACUUUCUUUCUCCUGGCAGCAGCAGACCCUUCAUAAGUGAAAGAGUUGGGAGACUUGAGCAUCGUAGCAGAUCUUGUGUAACAUUCCUGCAUCCGAAUAAAAAUUCUGGGGAAAUCUGGCAACGGUCCGCCUGGCCCCAAGUGGUUUCCUCAGUCUGGACUCGAAUCUUCAUAUGUUCUUGAAGAAAGGAAGAUUCCAAAGAUGUGCCGAGGAAAGAGGACCAACACCGAAUUAUUUGGAAUCCUGACCGUCAUGGCUACGCUGGUCUCGGGAUCGGUCAGCAUCCGAAUCGAGAAGGUAUUAGUUCCGCCGAGGGUGCAAGCAGGGGAGACUGUCCAGCUGUCUUGCCUCUUCGACCUGGAAGGCAAAAAGCUCUAUUCACUCAACUGGUGGAGGGGAUCCGAACAGUUUUUCCAGUUCAGCCCCAACAGUCAGGAAAAGGUAGUCAUCUACGACUCACCGGGGAUCGAAAUCGACAAAGACCGGUCGGGAAGAGAGGUGGUCGUCCUGAGAAAUGUCUCGAGGGCGACGGCGGGGAAGUUCAAGUGCGAGGUCCUUGCCGAUUAUCCGAGCUUCGAGAAGGACAUCGAGAGUACGUCGAUGGAAGUUAUAGAGGUCCCUGAUCGUCCGCCAUCAGUAAGCUUGACGCGUUACCAGUGGUCUCCUGGCCAGGUGUUAUCAGCCAACUGCACAUCGCCAGACGCCAGACCACCGCCUGAUCUCCACUGGUACAUCAAUGGAGAUAAGUUACCUCCCCAGCACUCGCAGAUACUAACCCCGGGGACAUCCCAGUCCCACCAUUCCAGUGUCUUGACAAGCGGCAUGAGUCAUUCCGACAUGACGGCAAACGAAAUCAUUCCUUCGAGCGUCAUGUCCAGGACUUCCGAACUGAGCUUGGUCCUGAGAAGGACGCAUUUUCACCGAGGGGGCACGGCAGUUCUCACUUGCACGGCUGCCUUGCAGGGCCUCUAUUAUAUGUCAACCAACGUCACUCUGACCUUGCCAGGUUUCAGGUCACCAGCUCCUUCUCAGAAACUCUACGGAUCCGCACAUACGAAAGAGGGUCAAUGGAACUUAUUUUGGUGGUAGCAGCCGUAUUUGUUGCGUUGCAUUUGUAAAAAUAAGCGACCGAUUACUGUCAGGACACGGGUGCAGGAUUCAAACAUGAAAUGACUCCUGUUUCAUCCCAUUUUGUACGAUUAUAAAAAUGUAAACAUAUGACAAACUUUACCCAUAGAAACACAAUCUCAUAUAUAUAU